UUUCACUUACUAUCAACGUUACAGUAGUUUCGCAAUAGUGUCAGGUGGACUAUUUUGUCGCUGAUCCUUCCCUGUUCGAACUCGGAACAAUGAUGCUCGCUGCUAAGCCUUCGCUGUCCGUCUGCAAGGCCACUGGCCGACGGAGUGUUGCUUCGGGUCCACGCGCUGUGCGUCCGUCUGUUGGCCGCUCCCAGAGGCUCGUUGUGCGCGCUGAGGAGACUACUACCUCGGCACCAAGCUUUGACUCUGAGAAGGUUCUGAAGGACCUCCAGGAGAAAUGGGAUGCUGUCGACAAUAAGGGCGCUGUCGCCGCAUACGCUGCGGGUGCUGUGGUUGCCCUUUGGCUAAGCAGCACUAUUGUGAACGCUAUCAACGCAGUGCCUUUGUUGCCGAAAUUGAUGGAGCUGGUUGGACUCGGCUACUCGGCCUGGUUCACGUACCGCUACCUGCUGUUCAAGUCAAGCCGUGAGGAGCUGCUCAAGGAUAUUGGCGAGCUGAGCAAGAAGGUUACCGGUUCGGAGUGAAAUUUAUCAGCAAGCAGUGAUAAGGUGGCAUGACGGGCUGAGUUGUGAUGGAGUUUUAAAGCAUGUAUUGUAUUCGUUGUAUCAUUUCCCCGUGCGGAGGCGAAACCAGUGACAAAUUGCACUGGAAAGCUUAGACUGCGGGGACGAUCAUACCCCAAAUUCGGUGGUGAUGAGCAGGUAAUUCGCGCCUCUGGGCUGCGCCAUAAUUUUAUUGAGCUACGACGUGAUUGAUUCUUUUUGCUGAACUGAGUACGAUGAGGAGGGAAGUACAUAAGUACACGACUAUAUUUGUUGUGGCGGACUGAUGCAUGUAACUGGUUACGGAUACUGACUCUUGCCUAAUUAUAUUACAGAGAAACAAGGAAGGAAAUAGAAAAAAAAUUGGAAAUAGAAAAGCUAGAAAGAAAUCAUUUUUAGAUCGCUCCGAAGUAUGUACGGUGAUAUUUUUACUAACUACGGUGGAUACCUUGUCAUCUGUCCCACUUCCGUCACUUAGAGUAAUAUCCUUAUUCACUUGUAAGCUAUUCCGAAUGA